AAAUUCUAUUUUUUUCAACUAGAUUUAAAAGAAAGAAAGAAAAAACUUGCAUGAAAUGAUGAAAAUAUGCAAUCGGGGGGAAGGCUACCUCUCCGACUCCCCUAAAACCAGUCUUUGAUAGUGCAUAUCUUGGCCCAAUCGUCUCAUCGAAAUUGAUCUCUCUGUGAAGACGGCGUGUUGUCUGCUUCAACUUCACAAUUUCAGUCAGUGAUGUAAAAAUCGGAAGCAUUUGUCUGCCACCUCUUUUGUGUCAUGUACAUAUUCGAUGAAUUGCCCCAGAGAUAAAAGAUGUUCAACCAAAGGCGGAAUUUCAUCAAUCUUGCUUCCGCCGCCGCCUACUUCCACCCGUCCAUCCACAUUCAGGCGCGCAAUCUCGUCAACGUGAAGCUCAAAUGGGUAAAAGACGCCGCUCUUGAUCCCGUAGUUUCUUGCGGCGUUCACCUCAAAGCUACUUGUAUCCUCAUCUCUCUCAUAGCCUCCGCCCCCAAUCUCUCUCUCCCCAUCCACCGCCUCUCCCGCCACCGCCGCCAGCUCGGCCUCCCUUCCGACCUCAAACUCUCCACCUUCAUCCGUCGCUUCCCCAACAUUUUCCAAGAGUUUCAUCUCCCUGAUUCUAGCGGUACCCCUGUUCCGUGGUACAGAUUAUCGCCUGAAGCGUCGGAUGUUUGCUCUCAAGAACUGCGUGUUGUGUGUGAGGAUUGCUACGUGGAUAUCUUGAACAGGCUCCGGAAACUGCUUAUGCUCACGAGGGAGAGAUUGCUCCCUCUGCAGACAAUCGAUCAGCUAUGGUGGGAUUUAGGGUUACCUUUCGAUUUUGGGGAUAAGUUUAUCCGGAAGCAUCCGGAUUUGUUUUCGUUAGUGAAGCUGCCCGAUGAUCGUGUGGGAUUGAAACUGCUAGUUUGGGAUGAUCGUUUGGCAUUGUCCCAUUUGGAGUCAAGGAGCUCGAUUAGUUUGAGAAAGAACGAGUCUUUGAUGUUUCCGAUCGGAUUCACAAGGGGUUUUGGGUUGAAGAAGAAGUGUAUGGAGUGGUUGAAUGAGUGGCAGAAGCUGCCUUACACUAGCCCGUAUGCUGACGCGUCGCAUUUGGAUCCGAGGACGGAUGUGGCCGAGAAGAGGCUUGUUGGAGUGUUUCAUGAGCUUCUCCAUCUCACAAUACACAAGAAGAUUGAGAGGAAGAAUGUGAGCAACCUUCGAACGCCUCUGGCCAUGCCUCAGAAGUUCACCAAGGCGUUUGAAAGGCAUCCGGAGAUCUUUUACAUAUCGAAGAAGGGCGCAACACAGACUGUUGUUCUCAGGGAGGGGUACGAUCGGGGACAGCUGAUUGAGAAGCACCCACUGGCUGAUAUUCGGGAUAAGUAUUCGAGCAUGAUGAAGAGUGGAUUUUUGGAUAGAAGCCGGGGAGUGUAUAAGAGGGAGAGGAAGGGUUCUGAGGAUGAAGUGGUGAGGGUUCCUCUUGGUGGAAGAAGAAGUAGGUUUGAGUUUGAGUUCGAGUCUGAAUCAGAGGCAGAUUGUAAUGUGCUUUCAGAAUAUGAAUCUGAUGAAACUGCUUUAGCAAUUUUGGGCGUAUGACACCGCUACCAUGCGUGGAAAUUGAAAAGCCAAAAUUAGAGGAAUAACGCCUGCAGUCAAGAUUUUACAAGGUUUUUGCACGACAGAAGGAGAACGAGGAGAUGGAUCUGGUGAGUAACUGGAUAGGGCUUGUAGAGGAUUGAUAGAACGCGAGGCAUGUGAGAGUAACCAGAGUGAACCAUAACAGAGCUUUAAGGAGGUGACACGACAG